AUGUGGGACGGGACCGAACCGCUACUUCGUGCAUCGCUUCUUACCUGCAGAUUGACAGUAUUACCCUCCCCCAUUCAUUCCUCGCCCCUGACAUCUAACUACCAUCCCGGGCUGUUCUCACUGCCUGUUUUUUCUUCCAUUUCUCCACUUUCUACUUUUCUUUUCUCUCUCUGUGAUCACUAUUUACGUCUUUCCUUUCCCAACAUUUCUUUCUUUCUUUUUUUGUCUUUUCUCUUAAUAUAUACUUUAUGUAUAUUUGUCUCACUUUAUUCAUAUCUAUCUAUCCCUGUUUGUUCAUAUCUAUCUAUCUAUCUAUCUAUCUAUCUAUCUAUCUAUCUAUCUAUCUAUCUAUCUAAUUAUUCAUAUUUAGUUUAUUCAUAUAUAUCUGGCUCAGUUAAUUCCCUUCUCUCUCUCUCUCUCUCUCUCUCUCUCUAUCUAUCUAUCUAUCCAUCUAUCUAUCUAUACCAUAGGUAUAGGGCACACGAUGAGGAUCAAUGUCUUUUUAAUAUACGGAACCUUACUCCGCUGGGGAAGGCGCAUAACGUUCGUCGACCACCGGUUAGCGCAAAUUGGCUUCCGAAAUUACCCAGUCUCACGCAAUAUCUAUCUAUCUAUCUAUCUAUCUAUCUAUCUAUCUAUCUAUCUAUCUAUCUAUCUAUCUAUCUAUCUAUCUAUCUAUCUAAAUCUGUUCAUUAUCUAUCUAUCUAUCUAUCUAUCUAUCUAUCUAUCUAUCUAUCUAUCUAUCUAAAUCUGUUCAUUAUCUAUCUAUCUAUCUAUCUAUCUAUCUAUCUAUCUAUCUAUCUAUCUAUUUGGUUCACCUAUCUAUCUAUCUAUCUAUCUAUCUAUCUAUCUAUCUAUCUAUCUAAAUCUGUUCAUUAUCUAUCUAUCUAUCUAUCUAUCUAUCUAGUUUGGUUCACCUAUCUAUCUAUCUAUCUAUCUAUCUAUCUAUCUAUCUAUCUAUCUAUCUAUCUAUCUAUCUAUCUUGUAUUACACUUUUACGGAGCGUCUUUUAUUCUUUCUCAUAUAUUAAAAAGAAACCAGCUUGUUCUUUUACGUUCUUUCUUUCUUUCUUUCUUUCUUUCUUGUCACUUGCCUUUUGUUUCUUUUUCCUUUUUUUCUUUCUUUCGCAUAUUGUCACUUAAUUCUUUCUCGCUGUAUCUUCCACUUAAAGUCUUUUUCUCUUUGUCAGUCGUUCCCCCACUCCUCUCUUCCCUAUCUAUCUAUCUAUCUAUCUAUCUAUCUAUCUAUCUAUCUAUCUAUCUAUCUAUCUAUCUAACCAUUUUGGGAUUUAAUUAA